CAAGUCCCAUUCUAUCCCCACCCCCAGUUUUUUUCUUUCUCACAUAAACUAGUCUAAGAAACCGUGGAAAGACUACAUUCGAUUUGAGGAGGGAAAGGGGAUGGAGAAGAAAAAGGGGAAACAGUAAAGUGAAAAUGAUUGAGGAGCUGCCUUUCCUAGCUUUAAUGGCAUGGUCCCGCUGUUGUCGGCCAGGAUCUCAAAUGGGUUCUUGUUGUUUUCUUAAUUUAUUUCACUAUUAUUCUGGGUUCAGUGUGUUGAUCAGAUAGUUGUUAGGAGGAGACGAUCUUCUUCUUUUUUUUUUUUUGUGUGUGUGUAUAUUUUCAAAUCGGUAUCAUUAGUUGAUUGCUGAAUCAUAUCUUCCUUUCUCACUUGUUUCAGAGAUUCUGGAAGGAGAGAGGCAUGCAAGGAUCAUUUCAUCUUGAUUGCUUUCUUGCUCAUCCAUAUAAACAUAUAGUGAUGUUCGUUUCCUUUUAUCUUAGCUUUGUGUAAAUUUCUGUCUGGGUUGUCUGUGCCAAUGGCUGGAAUGCUUCCUGGUGUUGAGUGUGCUCGGAGGAGGCGAUUCCAUCAAGGAGGAAGCUGGGCGGAGUCACAGGGCAUAGCCGGGAACACUCGAACAAGGCGCCCAUCUUUCUGUCUGUACACAAGCAGCCAUGAAACCCAUCUCGUUUCAAUCUCUUCUAAGCAAAUAACCAAAUCGAACCAGAACCUUUUAGAUGAGAAGCUUGACGGAGUGGCCAGAGAAGCCAAGGAGAGAUUGGAUGAGAGGCUGAGGUCUCAGAGAAAACCAGAAACAAAAAGACACAACAGCGGAGAAAGCUUCAAGUGUGAGGAUAAUGGUCGCAGUUUACGGUCUGUCAUAUUUGGAGAUUUGCAAACAUUACUGUUUGGAUCGAAGAGGAGCAGCUCGAAGAAGUUUAGUUGGGCCAAGAUGGGUUGGAAGUACUCAAAACAGGAUGAGUGCACAGUGUGCUUAGAACAGUUCAAGUCCGGCGAAGCCUUGGUGCAGCUUCCCUGCGGCCAUAGGUUCCAUUCCAGAUGCUUGGUGCCAUGGCUGGAGAAUAAUGCUCAUUGCCCAUGUUGCAGAAUGGGAAUCUUAUCUUAGUAUAUAUACCAUGAUUUUCUAUGAAGAUAUUCACCAUGGUUAUCAUCAAAUGUCAAGUUUUACAUGCAUGAUACUGGUUAAUUAUUGCGAAAUUAACUAAUCACACGAUUAAUUAGAAGUGUUUGAUCUAAAUACCAUCUGUUAGGCAGCAUUUAAGACUUAGUACGGAACUAAAUCUAUCUCCUCUUGUUUGUAUUCCUUUUAAUCCUUCUUCAUUGUAUACUUGGUUGUCCUCAUGAACAGACUAUCAUCUGGGUGGAGAGAGAGAGAGAUCCUGAGGACUGGCUCUGUAACUUAGCAGCCAAAAUGACAGAGAGAAGAAAGAAUCGGAAUGAGUGCUCCUAACAGCUCUAAAGAUCACUAUCUUCUACGUUCUUCUUGUGUAGGAAAGGCCCCUUUUGAAUUAUUGAAUGUAAGCAAAUAUAAUACAACUAUACAAGAUAUUUUGGAAUGGGAAUAUAUAUAAUGCAACGCUACUGGUAUUGGUAUAA